AUGGAGCACCACCUUGUAACCAAAAUCUUCAGCAUCAAAGAACCCAUAUGGGUUUUCAAAACCGGCGUUCAAAGAGCUGAAUAUCAAGAUCGACAAGAUUUAGGGUUCAUUCUAAAAGCAGGAAACAAUCUAAGAGUGCGCCAAGUAAACCCAGAAUUCGAAAAACUCAUUGUGCUCUUGCUGCUGCCCUUUGAUGAAACGCACUCAUUUUUGGGAACGCUUAGAUUAGAAGUGACCAAUGAGUGGAAUAACAUAAUUGUUCAUGCAGAUUCGGUGCCAUUUGCAGACACGCCAUAUGGAAAUACGAGUGCGGACCUUGAGUUCCAAGCACUCUGCGCUGGUGUGGCACCGCUGCCCGUCUACCAACGAGGCGACAACGAAACUAAAUUCUUCAUUGACUGGACCAAACACAACAGCAGUUUUGCCUUAGCCAAAAAUACUCACAUACAAUUGCUCAUACCGAUACAUCUACAACAUCUUAGCAAACAUCUUGCAUAUCACAAUAACCUAUUUGGAUCCCUUAAUGACAUAUUGGAUUUCUUCAAAAGUUUUAUCAACUUCCUUGAUUCACUAUUAGGGUUCGAUGGCUCCUCUUAUACAAAUCAGGUUCCAGAAAAUCGUCACUUCAUGACUGCGACGAAAAGUAAAUGGUUCUACGACUCGUUCCAGUUGCGCUACUUGGAUUUGUGGAUCCAACAACCGUCAGUGGAUUUGCUCAAUGAGAUAUCCGGCGGCUAUUACUAUUUGAUGCACCAAGCUUUGUUCGACAGCAACUACUUUGAAAAUUAUUAUCAUUCGGGCAACAUAUUGCGUAAGUUCUACAAUAUUUUAUUUGAAUUCCAAUAUUUUGAAAAUGUUAAACCUAACGACAGUUUAACUAACACGUUUUCUCACGUUAAAUUUCUUGAGACGACGGAAUUGCUAUUGUAUAUUGAUUUUCUAUCAGACAACAAUAUAUUCAACAGCACGACGCCGUAUGGCGCAGAGAUAAUAUUUCUGCUGAUAUUGACACAGAGCGCCGGCACAAAUGCCCUGACGGAAAUGCAUAAAGGGUACCGCAGCGCAGUUAAUCAAGAAUUUGUUACCGAAAUUGACAAUUCAAUAUUACUAAAUAAAUAUUGCAGUGAAUACAGCCUCAUAGAUUACACUUCACUUUUUAAUAGAUGGGGAUAUUCUGUUAGGUCAAACGUAUGGAACAUGUAUCCAGCCGCGGCGAUGCUCGUAGACGUGGUGCCAGUUCAUAUACUGCCAGCAGCACGCGCGUUGCUAGUGCAUCGCGUUAUUUACUCCUCGAACUUUCAACUGGUUCUCAAUGAGGACAUCGCACCUUUGGGCCUACGAGGCAAUCUGACAUUGCGGCUUCAACCUGAUUUAAAUUAUGUAGGAAUGCACGUAUUUAUCAAAGACGGAAUUAAUGUAAUAACUGAAAAAGUGCUCAGACAGAAUAUAUCGUUUGUCGAAUUCAGGGAUUUACCAAAUGGUAUAUACACAGUCGAAUUCCGCGGAAAAUUGAUGCAACAAUACAUACCUAAUCAACAAUACGUAUUCGUGAACGAGAAGCAAGAACCCAUUACGUUUAAUUUUGAGGUCGUUAAUGGAAGUGCGGUUUUGGACCCAGUAAUACAUUUCUUUGGUUAUAAUGAUCAAUGUUUUGCGUUACUUACUAUUACCUUUACUCGCAAACAAAAAACUCUACAAUUUAAAAUAUCAGGAUAUAAUCCAAAUUUUUUACAAAUACCACAAAAUGGCGAAGUUUACGCGUCAGUACAAGUCACUAACGAAACUGGUAAGAAGUAUGAGAAAGUAAUUAAAGAACUAGCCGAGAAAGUGGACGACAUUAUCGACUUGGUCGAAGGUGAUAUCAUAAAAGUUUACCACAAUGAAACUAAGCAAAAACUGCGAUCUCUAAACGCUGUUAUAGACUUUUCUAGUAAUGAGAACAGCUGGCUGGUAACUACGCAUGGGUUGGUAAACCUUGAACUUAACAAUAAACCACUAAUUUCUAUAGAUCUAUGCGCUGAAGCUAUCUUUAAAGAUUUUUUUAAAAGAAGUUUGUCUUUUUAUCUCUCAGAAGAAAAAAAACAAUUGCUAGCCGCUAUCCACUCUCUUCCAGCACGACACAGAGAACUUUACUUUGGGAAAUACGGCGUUCUCUUUCCCCAAUCUCUCAAUAUCAUCACUCUAGUGAUGAAAUCAGAUCACGUAAACGCACUGGAGGGAUUAAUAGUUCAACUAGAGAACGAUAAAUUUGUUCAACAGAGAAGUGUUCAAUACGGUGAGGUUCAUUUUCAAAAUUUGCCAUUUGGCUCUUACUUUGUUAAAUUUCCUAAAGAAGAAUUAAGAUAUCUAGACGUUCAGCCUACUGUAAUAUUUGUCGAUAAGUCAGAAUUUGUUAAAAAUAUAGUCUUUAAAAAGAUACGUAAAAUAAAACUGGAUGAUGCAUUUAUUAAAUAUACAGCAAACAUGAAUAUGACUAUUGAGAAAGUGGUAAUUACGACGGUUGGAGGUACUGCUAUUAUGAAAGCGACAGGAAUAACCGAGACCCCGGAAUUGAAUGUGAAUGCUUACGUAUUAGUGAGAGAUGUUCGAGGAUUUGAGAAAUACAACAAAAUAAUAGAAGCUAAUCAGUCGUCGAUAUUGGAGCCAGGAGACGUGAUGGAAGUGUACCGCAUCGACGCCAUUGACCAGCUGAAGCAGGCAAGUGUGUGGAUGGUGACGGAUUACGGCAUUCAGAGGACGCCGGAAGAAAACGUCAAGGAAAUAAUCGAAGAAACAGCGAACGCUGUAGAAAAAAACCUAGCCCGCCUAUGUUCUGCAAUUUUCUCUUUAGCAGAACCUGAUAGGGCGGAGUACAGGAUGAAGUAUGUUGAUUUACUGUCAUGUUACAGCAACGAAACACGAUACGUGCCUGACAGUAAAUAA